AUGAAAAAGAAACAACAGGAUGCAACAACAAUGGAUAAUUCCUUCCCGAUCACCUCUCAAAGCCCGAGUUUUUCUCAAAAAUCAUCAAGUCGUCGUGGUGGGUCCUCAUCGAUUCAACAACAACAACACUUGCAUUUACAUCAUGUGGUAGUACAAGAAAAGAAAUCAAAAUACAAUGAGGAAGAGGAAGACGAGGAUGAUAUGGAGGUCAUGUCGGUAAACGAUCAACAACAAUUUCUAAAUCAUACAAAUAAGAAAAAAAACAUUGAUCAAAGUUCGGAAUCAAACAAGAUCAAAGGUAGUAAUAACUUUAAAAAACUCUCCUCAGAUGUUAAGAACUCGGUCAAUUCUUCAAAAGGUUCUGUUUCAUCCAAGGAUAUAACUGUUUCAGAUGACACAAUUCCUCUUAAAUUGAAAAAGAAACCAUAUCCUGAUACUUUAGAGGAGGAACAAUUGUCACAUCAAGAAGUGGAGCAGGAUUGCAUUGAUGAGGGAGAACUUGACCAUGAUGAUGAAAGUGUCACCAACUCAAACAACUCACUUCAUAUCCUCUCCACGGUUCGACAAAAACUUCACAAGGGUCAAAACGUUGAAUCAAACAAGCCUGAAAAACCUUCCAAAAUGGCUGAAUACAUCAAGAGAUUUAGAACAGCUCCUCCCACUAAAAGGAGUGAAAGAAAACGGCUGGACAAACAUGAGUCCGUGGAAGUGAAAAUUGAAAAUCCCAAGAUUGAUCAACAUUGGAAAACGAAACUUGUGACUGAUUCUAAUGAACAAAUUCAUCCAUCCAUUAGAAACAUUAGAAACCUAAAAGAAAGCAUCAAAAAUGAGAUUGACGAAGUGGACAACGAUAUCAGAAUGGCCAGAAGACAUAAACCGUCUGAAGACUACGAUCUUUCACCACAACUGUUUUCUCUCAAGGAGAAAUUUUCCUACAUUGAUGCUCUUGAUGUUGAUAUUACUGAGCUGAAUAAUAUGACUGAAGAGGCUUUGGAAAAUGGUUCAUUUCAUCUUUUAAACAACUUAGAAAGCAAGAAAAGUAACCCAAGCCCUCAGAAUUCAAGUGUUAUAAGUAAAAAUACCACUGACAGUGAGGAUGACUAUGACGGAUUAUUUGAAGAAAACAUAAGAUCGCGAUUGAAAUCCUUAGGACUUUCAGACUCGGUUUUGGGAAUAAACCAUCUUAAAGGAGAGCUUACAUUGGAAGAAAAAGCAGAUGAUCUCAUCAAGCAAAAAGGAAAAUCAAUUAAUGUUCAAGAUUCGAAAGACAUUCUCGACAAAGAAGAUAGAAAUUUUAUUUGCAAAAGCCCAACAAAACUUAGUACCUCAAAAAUCAGCAUUUCAGAAACUUCUGUAAACCCAACAAGAAUUUCAGAACCGACGAAUAAUCCACGGAGCGAGGAGAGUACUUCCGAGAAGGCGAGAGAACAGACACUAAAAAAGGAAAACACGAUGGACAUUAAUAUAUCAAACAAAACCUCAGCAAAUAUGGAGAGUUUUUUAGGUCAGUCACUUCAAUCGGUGUCAUCAGUAUCAUCAGUGAAUGAUAACGAUAUCAGUGUUGGAUGCUGUCAACGAAUGAUAGAAGAAAUGGUCACUUCUCAAGAUUUUUCAGAAGAAACACCAACUCGUCUUGCCGUUGAUAUUAAUGACGACGAUCAUGAGUUAUUCACCUCCGACUACAUCUGCCAAACUCUAAGGCAAAAAAUCGAUUUCCUCAAAAAACGUUUAUCAGAAUUAGAAGCACAAAGGUAA